CUUCACUAUUUUUUCAAAAACACCCAUCCAAUUGUAUAUCCAAAGACACAUAGUUAAUAUGAGUGAAGAAGUUCCCUUAGAGAAUAGAAUUUUCACUAUGAAUGAUGAAGUUGACAUUAUUAUAUCACAAUGUAACAACUCAACAUCAGAAUCAGGAAAACCUGAUUCCAAAGAGAUCCGGAAUGGAAUCAACACACCACUAGAUGAUUGGCUUCCCAUCACCAAAUCAAGGAAAGGAAAUUUAUGGGCCACAAUGUUUCAUUUGCUUUGCUCCGGAAUUGGAAUCCAAACACUCGCUCUUCCCCUUUCAUUCGUAUACCUCGGUUGGUUUCGGGGAAUAAUGUGCUUGUCUGUGGCAUUUUCAUGGCAGUUAUACACGAUCUGGUUGCUAGUGAGCCUUCACGAAUCCGUCCCUGAUACUCGUUACAGCAGAUACGUUCAACUUUCGAUCGCUGCUUUUGGUAUAAAGUUGGGAAAACUUUUAGCCAUAUUUCCAGUAAUGUAUCUUUCUGGGGGCACAUGUGUUAUGCUCAUAAUUACUGGGGGCGGAACAAUGAAACUGUUGUAUCAACUCUUGUGUGAUAAUUAUUCUUCCAAACACCCCUUGACAACCACACAAUGGUUCUUGGUUUUCAUUUGUUUAGCUAUCCUUAUUUCUACCCUUUGUCCUAGUAUGCAUUCACUGGCUUUGGUCUCUUUCCUUGGAGCGACCAUGGCCGUUGGAUAUUGUACAAUGUUAUGGAUAGUUUUUGUGACUAAAGGAAUGAUACACACGACGACUUCUCACGAUCCAACAGAAGUUUUUAAGUCAGAAGCUGGUCGAAUUCGCAAUGUCUUGAAUGCUCUUGGAAUCAUUGCUCUUACAUUUAGAGGCCACAAUGUUGUCUUAGAGAUACAGAGUACAAUUCCGUCAACUAUGAAUUUCACAUCAUCAAAGAUCAUGUUGAAAGGAGUGGCAGGAUCAAAUAUUAUUAGAGCAAUGUGUUUCUUCCCCUUAGCAAUUGUUGGAUACUGGGCAUUUGGAAACGAGAUUCCAACCGAUGAAGGAUUCCUAAUCGCUCUGUCAAGCUCACUUUAUCACCACAUGUCAAAACCAUUGCUCAGCUUGGUAUACAUUCAAGUUGUGAUAAGCUGUUUGACGGCUUUUCAAAUCUACAGUAUGGUUGUCUACGAUAAUUUGGAGUCUGCAUACGCAAACAGGAAAAGCAAGAAAUGCCCAAAGGUUGUGCGUAUAGGAAUCAGGAUUUUCUUUGGAGGUUUGACGUUUUUUAUAUCCGUCGUAUUCCCAUUUCUACCAAGCCUGGCACUAGUUAUUGGAGGGAUAUCGUUACCUUUGACGUUCAGCUACCCGUGCCUCAUGUGGAUUAGGAUCAAGAAGCAAACGACGAAUUACGGGUGGUGGUGGAUUAACCUUGGACUUGGUUGUUUAGGCAUAGGCUUAAGUGUGAUACUGACAGUUGGGGGAGUGUGGAACUUGGCUUCUAAAGGUUUAGAUGCCAACUUCUUUCAUCCACAUUAGGAUGGAAAUCACUCUAAUUCAAGGGCGGAGCUUAUUUGGGGCCCCAGUGGUCGUCCUGGUUUUUUGCAUACUGAAAUUUUUAUACUGCUUGUAUUAAGACGAUCCCCGAUUCUUUCAAGCCCCAUUGGCCCUUUUAGUAAACUUUUCAAGCUUAGCCACUGCUCUGACGAGAGAGUGUGUAACUAAAUUAAGAAAUCUAAAGUUAAUAGAAAGAAACACAAUUUGAA